UUAUUCAAAGCUAUCAACAUAGAUACUUCAAUAAAAGAAAAUAUCAAGUUUAAUUAGAAUAUCUUAUUAUGUAAAAUAAGUUUAAAGCCAUAUCCGAGUUAUAAGUUAGUUAAUAAUGGUAGUGAAAUAGUAUAUUCAUAUAUUUUGUCCAAUUUAUCUUAAACACACUGUAUAAUCAAUUACACUAAUUAUAUAGUCUCUGUUCAAUAGCCCCCCCCCCAUACUCCAGAAGAUUUGGCGUACAGAAAAUACUUGGUCUGCGGAAAAUAACUUUGUUGGUGUGGCAGGCCAACCUUUGGAGGACCAAGCGCCUGUCAAGCCAAAUCCGCUAACUUGAUCUGUCGGAUUAGAUUGGUCUAAAAAAACGAAGAAUAUAACGCCGGCGGACAGAGGCGCAAUUAGGGGGGGUAGGGAGGGCUUAGCCCUCCAGACUCAAAAUUAGCCCUCCCAGAUGUUUGGUGCGGUUCAAUAAAAUCACGUGAUAUAGUCCGAUUCUACGAGCAAAGAUAUGGGUCGAACAUAUCGCAAAAGAAAGAGAAAACGUUGUCAGGCCAGCAGUAUUAACCUGAAUCAUGAGAGUACUACAAUAAAUUUAUUAAAAUGGUUAAAUGGUCACGAUUUCUUAAAUUCGGCAGCUUUAGAACUUCGACAUUUUCCAAUCACCGGCCGGGGAAUCACAUCAAGGAAAUGUGUUAAGGAAAAUGACGUUUUAAUACGUAUCCCAAUGGAACUAUUAAUUACAUUCGCAACAGUGGAUAAAAGUGGUUUACUUCAAUGUAUUCGUGGGCAGAAUUCAUUCAGCAUUCACGUUUUAUUGUCUUUUUUUAUCGCUAUUGAGAAACAUAAAAAGGAAUCUUCUUUUUGGGUGAAAUAUAUCCAGUCCUUACCGGAUCCAGAACCGGUACUACCUUGGACUGAUUUCAGUGACAAUAUACAACUAUUUCCCGACGAUAUAAGAGCUAAAUCAAGGAAGUUUUUAGAUGAAUUUAAUGAGGGGUGUUUGAAACUAAAAUCAUCAAUAAAUGACCAAGCUUUAUGUCAGUGUUGUAAGAAAACUCUAGUUUCUGUGUUAGACAAGUCCCUAUUUAGGUGGGCUUAUGUUCUCGUCAAUACUAGGGCAGUUUACAUUGACCCUCAAUUAGUUUUGUCCAUGUCUGAUGAAGAAGGAAUUUCCAUUUUAUCAGAUAAACCUUCUAUGGCACUUUGCCCUUUGUUAGACAUGUUUAAUCACCAUUACAUGGCUGGAACUAAUGCCGACGUGAUACAGGAUAAAGGUCAACUGUAUUAUGAACUACGUACUUUAAGAAACUACAAAAAACACGAGCAAUUUUUUAUUUGCUAUGGAUCCCACGAUAAUGUUCGUCUUUUAUUGGAAUAUGGAUUUUUUAUUCCAGGAAAUGUAAAUGAUUGUGUUUAUUUUAAUUUAAAAGAAAUCGUGAAAGUUUUAAACGUUUCUCUUUGUGAGAGACGAUACAAAUUUAUAAAAAGACAUCAGUUUGAUGAUAAAGAUGUGUAUGUACGUUUGUGCGAAGCGUCUUUCAAUAUGAAAGCUGUUCUAUUUGUGUGCGUUUUUCCAAAUGUUUUAAAUUACGAUGCUGUUGUAUUUAGUGACUGUUAUCCUAGUGAGUUCAGACAAAUUAUGAACGAUUGUAUAAAGACACUUUUGGAGUAUAAAUUGUGUAUAAUGAAGGAAGACAGUGAAAAAGUUAGUUCAACGUUAUUGCAAAGUAAACAUUUAUCUUUAUUAAAAACUUUUUUGGAAUAUAGAAUAGAAUUUGUAGAAACAAUGUUAUACCAGUUCAGUGAACCAAAUAUAACCUAACAUUUGUUG